AUGGGGUUCUGGGGACGCUGUUUCCUGUCCCUGCACAGCAACCUGGCUGCCUUCACUGGAGCAGGGCUCCUCCUCUACCUGGCGUGCCUUUGUGACCCAGUUGCUUCCCAGCGGGCUCCCCUCCGCCUAUCAGAUGGCCCACACCGCUGCGCCGGCAGGGUCGAGGUCUUCUACGAGAACCAGUGGGGAACAGUGUGUGAUGACCACUGGGACAUGGAGGAUGCCGGCGUAGUGUGCCGGCAGCUGGGCUGUGGCACAGCCUUGUCCAUCCCUGGGGCCGGGCAUUUCAGGGCAGGGAUCGGUCCCAUCUGGCUCGACGAUGUCAAUUGCACGGGGACGGAGGUCGCCCUGUCUUACUGCAGGACGAAGGGCUGGGGAAAGAACAACUGCCACCACGGUGAAGAUGCCGGCGUGGUAUGCUCAGACUCAUCCAGCCGCCCUACGGCCAUCCACGCCCAUCCUGCAGAGCUCCGCCUGGUAGACGGCCCCCACCGCUGCUCUGGAAGAGUGGAAGUGAUGCAUGACCACCAGUGGGGAACUGUGUGUGACGACGACUGGAGCUUCCCUGACGCCAGCGUGGUGUGCCGGCAGCUGGGCUGCGGGAUGGUGGUCUCCGCCUAUGGCAGAGCUCACUUUGGCAGAGGCUCGGGCCCCAUUUGGCUGGACAACGUUCUGUGCAGUGGGACCGAAGCUGCCCUGUCUGAGUGCCUGGCCAGACCUUGGGGUGUCCACAACUGUGACCAUGGAGAAGAUGCCAGCGUCGUGUGCACAGCAGGUACAGCCACUGACGCACCAGCUCAUCUCCGCCUGGAGAACGGCCCCGGUCGCUGCGCGGGUCGCGUGGAGGUGCUCCACCACCAUCACUGGGGGACAGUGUGCGACAACGGCUGGAGCCUGGCCGAGGCGGCAGUGGUCUGCCGGCAGCUGGGCUGCGGAACGGCUGUCUCGGCCCUGGGCUCGGCUCACUUUGGGCAAGGGUCUGGCCGCAUCUGGCUGGAUAACGUGAACUGCACGGGGACAGAAGCCGCCCUCUCUGAAUGCCAAGCCAGGCCGUGGGGAUCCAACAGCUGUGACCACCAGAAAGAUGCUGCUGUGGUGUGCUCAGGAGAUCCACACGUGAACACUUCAAGGCAGCACACACUGCGGCUGGUGAAUGGCUCAAGUAACUGCCUGGGGAGAGUCGAGAUCUUUCAUGAUCACAAGUGGGGGACCGUGUGUGACGACACCUGGGACCUCCACGAUGCUGCUGUCGUGUGCAGGCAGCUGGGCUGCGGGAUGGCGCUGUUGGCACCGGGCUCAGCUCAUUUUGGGCCAGGGGAAGAUCCCAUCUGGCAGGACGGUGUUCACUGCAAGGGGACUGAGUCCGCCCUCACCGAGUGUGAACUGAGCAGCUGGGGAGAGCACAACUGUGCCCACAGUGAGGAUGCAGGCGUGGUGUGCUCAGGCACAAACCCCUUGCAGCUGCGGGUGAAAGAUGGUCCCAGUUCCUGUGUGGGGCGGGUGGAGGUGCUCUACAACGGGACCUGGCACGGAGUGUGCGGCAGCGGCUGGAGCCUGCUGGAAGCUGGGGUGGUCUGCAGGCAGCUGGGCUGUGGGCCAGCCCAGUCGGCACCUGCUGGAAACCAGUUCAGCCGUGGGGACAGCCAUGCUUUGCUGGAGGGGCUGAGCUGCCAGGGCACCGAGACGCUGCUCCUGGAGUGCCACCAGAGAGGGAUGAGUCCGGGGCCGUGCAGGCAGGGCUCAGCGGCCGGCGUGGUCUGUGCAGAUCAGAAAGACCUUACACAGUCCUGCUCGGUGCUGGCAGGCCUGCUUGGCACAGGGGCAAUACUCUGUGGGACCCUGUUGGUCCUGUACCUGUGGACGAGGUGUGGAAGACGGACUGGACGCUCCCCAGACAAGCCACUUCUAAAGAAGACAGAGGACACCGAGCCAUCAUCCGAGGCUUAGGCGGCCGUGCUCCUGGUGUCGAAGACAAAGUUGCCUCAGAACCCCAGAAGACCCCAUUCUGUGGAACAAGAAUAGCAGAGCAGUCGCUGCGAUGGUCAAGCAGAGAGGACCCCGCUCUGGCAGAGCGGAGACCCCUGCCCUGUGUGCCCCAUAGCCCCCAGCUCACUGCACCGAGCCUCUGUGUGUCCCGGUUUCUCCAUGCAGCACCACAAAGUCCCUCAGACCCCAGGCAGAGUCUUCUCAAAAUAACUCCUAUCUGGUCCCCUGGGUAGGGUCCAGCAUCCUAAACCCAUCUGCACAGACUCCUCUUAUUCCCAGCCCUAUAGCCCCUUAUAAUCCCUACAACUCCCUGCGGAGUCAGCUGCAGUGGCACCUGGUGCCAUCACCCUCUCCGCAAUCCCUGCGGGAUCGCACCUUUCCCCCUAAUCUCCCAUGGAAUUGAGGAUUACUUCCUGAUCCAGACACAAGCAAGCGCGGGUGCUCUCCUGAACUGUACACAACCAUCUUUGCAAAAUGAGGAGGCCGCUUAAAAGCCUAUCCAGAACAGGGCGAGAAGUCUCUCACUCGUAUUUAUUCAAUCCACUUUCGAAUACCAGUAAAACCCUGGAACACAAAAGAACGAGAAUGCAGUGUGAUAACAGAUUCAGAGAUAUGGAGUAAUUUGGCAAGGUGAAGUGGUGGAAAAAUAGGCUCCUUGGGUAUAGAGGGACUGUAGAUGAUGGGUUCAGAUACAGAAGACUCAAAAUUGCUAAUGCUGGGUGAGAUACUGUCCUGGCCACCAGCAAGGAAGGGUCACUUUCCUAAUGGAGCAACCCAUGGAGUCAGGUCUGAGCCUCAAACAAUCCAGCACUUGGUGAAGCUGGGAGGAGCCACGUCCCAGUGC